GUAUUCCUUCCAUGUUUCUGUACGGCGGACAUGCGUUUUGUUAACAUUAAUAUAUAGGUUAUGUUCAGCUGUCGAUAAACCUUCUCUUAAACGGUCGUUUUUGCGUACACGCAUUAAAUUCGUUAUUCAAACAUAUAUAAAGACAUCUUUUGCGAUUUCCAGAUAUUUGUGCAAUAAUGUCUACAAGGGGGAUGUUAUUUUCAUUUUUCUCUAGAAAUAUUUCUACGUCGACAGUGUCUAGUCAAAUAAUUAGAUUAACACGAUUAAGAGUUGUAGAUAAUAGCGAAAUAGGAAAGCAAGCGAUGAUGGAAGGGAAGCCACCACGUUGUAUACAUGUUUAUAAUAAGACAGGAGUUGGAUAUAUAGGAGACAGAGUGCUGGUUGCAAUAAGAGGUGAGAAGAAGAAAGGUAUAUUGGUGGGCUUAAAACAGAAUCAGAAUGAAAAAGUUCCAAAAUUUGACAGCAAUAACAUAGUACUAAUAGAUGACAAUGGAACACCACUGGGUACCAGAAUUCAUGUUCCAAUUCCAAAUAUUCUGCGAACAAUUAUGAAAAAGAAUACUCACCUUAAAGGAGCUGAUUACACGAAACUACUGGCUAUUGCCACAAAAUUUGUUUAAUCAAUUUCAUUAUGUAGAAUAUUCAAUUUGAAUACAUAAUUAUAUUGUUUUAUUUGAA